GUGAUGCAGCGGUGAACGACAGUCGCAUAGAAUGUGGACAAAUUUCUGGCAGCUCGUGCAAAAUUGAUUUUAAAAUUAAUUUGAUAAUAAAAUUUCGUUAUUAAUUUUUACAUGAAGUCAGAAAAAUGUUUCGCAAGGAUUUGUAAAAUAGUUUUGUUUUUUUUUUUUUUAAAGAAAUACUUGAGAUAUGCCUAUUGCACUAACCAUGUACGAUAUGAAAAACCGAAAUGAGAUAUCUUAGUCCCUCUCUCUCUCUCUCUUAGUCUCUCAUUUUUGCGGCAAACAAAUGUGGCGCCUGCAAAGAUCCACACUGCCCACAAUAUAACAAUCCAUUCACAGAGAGACUCUCAUGCAGUGAGCAACAUUCUUCUAGAAGACAACACUCCCAUUUUUUGCCAUUCGAUAAAUUUUAAAAGAUUAAUCAAAGAUAGAGAAAAGUGUAAUUUCCACCAAUUCUCACAAUAAUUUCACGAAAAAAUAGUGAAUAUACAAUAUAUUACCCCAAUAUCCCUCAGAUACUCAAAUAUAAAGUGGAAAAGACUCCACAUUUAUUAAAGUUACUCGUAUUUGUGUGUACGUGACUAAAGAGAGACAUAUUCAAGUGUGCAGAAAUUACAAGAAAUUUCUCCUUAAUUUGUGUUUAUAAACAAAUUGUUGAUUUUCCCUCUCAUAUUGUUGAUGUUUAAUAAGUAAUAUCAAAUGAAAGGAUGAGAGAGAAAGUAUAGAAGAACUAUAAAUAAUACCUUAUGCUGCCACCCAAAUACCAUUAGAGAGACAAUAGGAAUUAAUUUCCUGGUAAAUCAACGAUUACGAAAUCAACGAAGCAAAUAGUGAAGGAAUUUUAUUCAAUUAAUAAAAUUCCUUAAAGUUGGAGCAGGAAAAUUCUGGAAGUUUUUUUUUUGUGGAAAGUCAACGAAUUGAGAGGCCAAGUGUGGUAAACGAUUUUUCCAGCACAGUGUGAUAUUGAUCCUGAAACAACCACCCACCCUCACCAAUCUUGUUUUAAAUUCCAUCACGGUACUUUGGUGUGCCUCGACACAAUUUCCCACAGCGUCCUCCUUUCCUCAAGCUUCAAGUGUCUUCAGUGGGAAUUGGAACAAAAUAGAGGUGCAAGUUAAUUUUCAGUGUGAAAGGGAGAAACAGAAAAAGCUCUUAUAAAGUGACAAUUUAAAAUUAAUUGAACGUCCUUCCGAGAAGAAAUACUUUUAUUUGACCAUUUUCCACUAAGCAUUCUACACGGAAUUUUUUUUCUGUCACAGCUGAAUAAAUUUAUUAAGAAAAACGAAAAGUUCCUACAGCAACUAAACAAAAAUAAGUUGAAAAAAAAAUUUCAAGAGAGUGAUGGAAAACAAAUCAAAGUUGAUGAACCGAAGCAAUUCUGUGAUAAAUGCACUGAAAUUGUGGCCACUUACGAAACAAGAAAAAACCACUACAACUUUUGGAAGUUCAGUAGCCGUACAGAAAUUGAGAGAGUCCAAAUGGUUUGACGAGGACGAACAGAGAAUCUUCUGUGCUGUGGUUGAAUGUGGAUUCAUUGUGGAGGUGAAGGGUGGACAAGAAAACGAUGGAUGGUUCGGUGUGGUCAUUUGCAAAACUACUAAAGAUAAGAAACCUAAGCCAGAAAGUAUUGAAAUCUUCACUAUAAAAAUUACAGAGAGACGGAUGAAGAUACUCAAGAUGACACUACCUGAUAUUUGGCGUCAGGGAGCCAAAUUACGGAUUAAUAAUUUUGGGGACAAGGAUAAACCAGCACACUCAGAUAAAGACAUCCGGAAUCAAGUGAUAUUUGCACAGAAAGCGAAGCAAAUGCUCUGGCACAAUAGCAAGCAUUUUGCUUAUUGGUGUAGGUACGGGGAUAGACAACAAGACGUUCGACGAAGACAGGUAAGGAUAUUCCUAUUAACCCAUAUAUUGAAAUUACCUAAUUGAGAUUAAAAUAUCAAUGUCACAAGGAUAUAUGAGGUAUUUUGGUCCAAAUCUUUCGUUCGAUUAAUAUAAAAUUAGACCGGUCGAACAAAAUCAAUAAUAUUGACAUUCACAAAUUGUUAUUGCAUUUAGUGAAAUUACCUCACUUCUGUGACCUAAAUGCGCCAUUCAAUGGUUCGCAAUCAAACGAAUCUAAUAAGUGAAAAUUUGAUUGAGAAGGAAAUAGGUACGAAAUUUUAAAAAUAACAAGUUAUCAUAAUCGAAAUUCAAG